AUGUCCCGCUGGGCGAGGAGGUUCUCAACCUUCUCUUAUAGAUUUGCCAACGGGACAACCUUUGCCGCAAAUGCCCGAUCUCCAGGUUUUGAAAUUUUCCGGGAUGUCUCACCACUCCGUGAGUACCGAAAACGGCUUCUCCUCUCGAAUAGGACGGUUGGGCUGGUUCCCACGAUGGGCGCAUUGCAUGAUGGGCAUCUUUCUUUAAUCCAACAAGCGGCUAGAGAGAACACCGACGUCUUCGUUAGCAUCUACGUGAAUCCCACGCAAUUUGGAGUGAAUGAAGAUUUGGAGAGCUAUCCCCGCACAUGGACGGAGGAUAUGCAAAAGCUUCAGGAAUUAGACCAUAAGCUUGCCUCUGCUGCUUCAGGACGCAUCAGUGCCAUCUUUGCACCUACCACCAAAGUUAUGUACCCUACUUUACCACCCUCAUCCGAGAUCGACGGCAAGGGGUCUUUUGUUUACAUUACCCCUCUUGCCAAUUUACUCGAAGGGGCAUCCCGUCCUGUCUUCUUCCGUGGAGUUGCAACCGUGUGUAUGAAGCUAUUUAAUAUUGUCACACCCGAGCGCGUGUACUUUGGACAAAAGGAUGUACAACAGACCGUGGUCAUUAGGCGAAUGGUCAAAGACCUCUAUGUGAAUACGGAAGUAAAGAUUGGGCCGACUAUUCGUGAACCAGAUGGACUUGCUCUGAGCUCUCGCAAUGUAUACCUGGGAACUCGACGCCGGAAAGUUGGCCUGGUACUCUCGGCCUCCCUGAGAGAGGCUGAAAAGAAAUACUUGUCUGGCAAACGUACUAGAGAAGAUAUUUUAGGAGCUGCACACAGAAUCGCGACUGCUAUCUCGAAGGAGCAGGAAAGUUUGCAACCGCCACAACGAGCAAAGUUCGAAGUGGACUAUAUUUCUCUUGCAGACCCGGAGUCACUUGAGGAGGUAGACGUAGUUGACAGCUCAAAAGGAGCAGUCUUGAGCGGUGCCGUCAAAAUGUACCCUCUCGAAGCUCCACAGCCUGGGGAGGACUGUGGAUUGGGCGGAGGUACCGUUCCGGUAAGGCUAAUUGACAAUAUUAUCCUGGCACCAGUUCCUUGA